ACUCCUCUUUAUCUUUUACAGAUUCACCAAAAUGAAAGCGGCUUUUAUUAUUACACUAUUACUACCUGUUGUAUUAAGUUACACAGCUAACUUAAAUCCUCUUUCAAAUGAGUUUAUAAACUAUAUCAAUAGCAAACAAAGCUCAUGGGUGGCUGGAAGAAACUUUGAUGAAAACCUUUCAACCCAAGAGCUCAAAAAGUUAUUAGGCACAAAGAAAAGGAAUUUAGGGGACGUAAAAGGAUUUAUCCAUAGUGAAAAUAUUCAAAUUCCAGAUUCUUUCGAUGCAAGGGAAAACUGGAAAGAGUGUUCAGAUGUUAUCAACACUAUUGUCGAUCAAUCUGCUUGUGCGGCUGGUUGGGCCCUAGCUGCAGCUUCUGCAAUGAGUGAUAGACGAUGCAUAGCCUCCCAAGGAAAGCUUAAAGUGCCUGUUUCUGCUGAAAAUGUAGUGGCUUGUAGCCGUAAUAGUCUUGGAUGCAAAAUAGGAUAUAUGGAAGAUGGAUGGUGGUAUUGGCUAAAAAAUGGAAUUCCUACAGGAGGUCUUUAUGGCAGCAAACAGGGUUGUCAACCAUAUUCGCUUCAAUCUUGUGAACAUCAUACAAAUGGUACUAAAGUGGAUUGCAGUACUUUGAAAUUGGAUACACCUACUUGCAGAACUCAAUGUAACGAUCCCGCACUUAAUUAUAAGUCCGAGUUAACUUAUGCUGCAGGUCCACCAGAUUGGUACACUAGAGUUGCCGAUAUGCAAAGGGAAAUAAUGACAAAUGGUCCAGUAGAAACAACUUUCCGCUUGUACACUGAUUUCUGGAAUUAUAAAAGUGGUGUUUAUCAUAAUGUCGGUGGAGAUUAUGCUGGAGACCAUUGCGUCAGAGUUUUAGGCUGGGGUGUAGAGAAUGGAGUCCCAUAUUGGUUGGCUGCUAAUUCAUGGAAUGAAGAUUGGGGAGACAAGGGAUUCUUUAAAAUACUUCGCGGAAAAAAUGAAGUAAAAUUCGAAGACCAAAUGCUUGCGUCACGUCCAAAAGUCUAAUUGUAAACAAAAUAUUGGUGUUACGCUCACGCAGCCAGGAGAAGGGCAUGGCUCUAACCCUCAACAAUGAGCAUUACAGAAAAUUAACAGUUCCCUAGGUAACCAUCCACUGAAAAUCUUAGAUUCAUCAGGUAACCAUAUUGUCUUAUUUGGACCUACCAUCUGACCCCUACUGAAGAUUGUAAAGAACUCAAGACAGCACCUUAAGAAGCCUUCAGACCAUCAGCUAAGAUCCUUAAUAAAAUAUAUAGCUGGCCUGUAAACAUAGACUAUUUUUAUAUAAAGUAACAUCAUAAAUUCUAAAAUGUAGAUCUUGAAUUGUGACCAUAAUAAAAUGAGAAAAUAAAGCAUUUAUACUGAA